UACGCCCAGUGGCAGGCUACAAUAAUGUAGUACUUUUCCCUUAUACCACAUUUAUGUCUCCGUGCCUUGUGCAUUUAAAGAUGCCAACUACUUCAUGAAGAAGCAUCCUAUAAAUGAAGCCCCAAGUUUAAUUAAUGUUGUUUGGUUUACUGUUUAGCUAAAACUUAAUUCCUAUAUCAUUUUUGUAAGGAAGAUGGGAGGAAAUUCUUGGUUGAGUGCAGUUAAGAGAGCUUUUUUGUCUACUACAAAGGAUGAUGAGAAGAGGAGAAAUACUAGAGAAGAUCUGCAGGAACAAGAGGAAGAAGAAAAGAAGAGAGGAAAAAGAAGAUGGAUUUUCAAGAAGCCUUCGAAUCAAGAAACAAUUACACAACACCGUGAAGUGAGGACCAUAACUACAACUGCAAACAUUUCUGAAGCUGAGGAAAGACAUGCUAUUGCAGUGGCCAUGGCUGAAGCAGCAGUAGCAAAAGCCCAAGCAGCUGUAGAGGCUGUUCGUCUUUCAAGGCCUUCUGUUUUGCUUAAACGGCACUUGGCAGCCAUGGUUAUACAGACAGCUUUUAGAGGAUAUUUGGCAAGGAGAGCUCUUCGUGCCCUUAAGGCGGUGGUAAAACUGCAAGCAUUAGUUAGAGGCCACAAUGUUCGAAAGAGAGCAAAUAUGACUCUUCGAUGCAUGCAGGCUCUAGUUCGUGUACAAGCUCGGGUGCGUCAUCAGCGCAUGAAGCUUUGUACUAAUGACCACAAAUCCAUUAUUAAUUCUAGAGAUGAAAGCAGUAAUGCAGAUGCAGAUGAUUGGCUCCAUUGGGAUGCUGACCCCCUGAAGACAAAAGAAGUUGCCUCGAAACGUGAAAAAGCUCUUGGUUAUGCCUUCUCUCAACAGAUAUGGAGAAGUUGGAGAGACGGCGUUCAAAGUGAAGAAGAGGUUGAUGAGAAACCGGGUCCCAGUGGAUGGCUAAGAAGAGAAAGAGAAAGUGAGCCCAUAAAAACUGUUGAAGUUGAUACCUCUCGCCCUCACUCCUACGUCAAGAAAUCACAAUUACAACAUAAUUACCAACCACAAAGACACAGUUCAUAUUCGGUUGCUUCUCCUCUCCGUUCAGGCUCACCCAUCACACCAUCGCCAACUGAAACAAGGCCACUUCAAGUGCAUUCGGCAACAGUUCCAAACUACAUGGUAGCGACUGCAUCUGCCAGGGCACGAUUUAGGUCACAAAGUGCACCAAGGCAGAGGCAUUCAACUUCGGAGAGGGCGAAGAAACGCCUGUCUUUCCCAAAUCCUGAUACAUAUCUUAGUGAUCAUAGCAACCAGGAGCAGAGAUCCAACGUGUCUUUCUGUAAUGACAGCAUGGAUGACGAGAUUUAUCCACCUUCAACCACCAAUGACCUAAGCAGGUGGAUCAGAUAA